AUGGUUAGGCUCGAUCGCGAGCGGUCUCCAGAGGUCAUUCGAAGUCGACGCUUGAACCUCGUUUACUCGGAUUUUUGGUUCCUCGAUGGAAACAUUGUUCUCGUCGCCGAAUCAGCUGCCUUCAAAGUCCAUCGCGGCCAGCUGGAACGACAAUCAGAGGUAUUUAGCGACCUUUUCUCAAUACCGCAACCUCAAGAGCAAGAACUCAUCGAUGGCUGUAACUGGGUGGAAUUGCACGAUCGUGCGUCUGACCUAUUUUACUUCUUAAGCGCGAUUUACGAUGGGUUAUACUUCAAGAAUCCUUGCCCGGAAGACUUCCCUGUCGUCGCUUCUGUCCUUCGGUUAUCAACCAAGUACCUUGCGGAACAUCUUCGAGUAAGGUGUCUGGCGCGCCUUGACCUGGACUGGCCUACUAGCCUCGGUGGCUGGGAUAUGCGAGAACUUCAGGCAACAGAUUCCCAUGGCCGUUACUUUCCUCGAGAAGCCUAUCCGAAUCCCAUCCUCGUCAUUGAGCUUGCCCUUGAAAUGAGUCUUCCAUCGAUUCUUCCAUCGGCGUUCUAUGAUCUCUCGCGUUACGGUCCGAGCAAAAUCUUCGCGGGAGCUACCUAUCCUCCUUGCGCAUUCGACGUAAUAGUCUCAAAAAACUCAAGUAUCCCUCCUUUCCUCCAAUCCGUCACCCUCCCCCUUGAUAUGAUUAUUCGGACUUUCCGAGGACGCGAGACGGCCCAGCGUUACUUAGCAGACUUCGUUGCCAGGGAGCUGGACUGUCGAGAACCAUGCGCACAAUGCGCGAACCGCGGAGAUAAGGACUACCCGAGCGGGGCGUGCCACGAAUCCUUUUACUUCAUCAAGCUGAACGUCCUUCGCUCAGUCGGUGGGAUCGCAACAGGAAGGGACGCGGAUCCUCUCUUCUCCUUCGUUCAAGCGGCGGAGAUGCUGACACGUACGGACUUUUCCGAUGGACAACGACAGUGCGGGUUGAAUAUUUGCUAUCCUUGCAAGCUCGACUUUGCCGCCUGCGUUUCGAAAGCGAGAAAGGAAGUCUGGGAUUUACUGCCCUUUUGGUUUGGGCUGCUCGACGACGCAAAGACGGAGAAUGCUGUCAACCUGGAUUAG